CACCACUGAGUGGCAGUACUGAGCACAGUGUGCAGUCAUGCAGAGUCAUGCACAGUGGCAGUACUGCUAAUUCUCAGCAUAAAUAAACCCUUUCAUUCAUUUUCCCCAAUUUCUUCCCUCACACGUUUCCAAACAUGGCCAGAGUCAUAAGCCACACGCACGUUUCCGGGCACGACUUCUACACCAUCGACGUUGACGGAGACCCUGUCAGGGUCACUGUCACGUCCACCGCCUCUGUCGUGCGCCGUUGGAUCACCUCCAGUCUCAACCUCCAUCGCCGCCACGUUUACCUGCGGCGCCUUGUUGUCGGCCUCGGAGUCCAGUGGAGUCCCGGCGGUUCAGAUCCUCCGGCGGAUACGUUGCAGCUCUGCGUUGGUCGCCGCUGCCUCAUCUUCCAACUCGCUCACGCCGACCGCGUGCCGAGGAACCUCCGCACGUUCCUGAAUCAUAGGUCUCACACCUUCGUCGGAUUCUGGAACCAUUCGGACCGCCGGAAACUGGAGAAUUCGGAGCAGUGUUUGGAUAUGUGUCGCGAUCCUCUGGAUCUGAGGUUUUUUGCGGAAACUGAGAACGAUGAGAAUCUCGUUCAAGAUUCGGUGAAUGAGAUAGUGGAGAAAUGCCUUGGUUACAUAGUGGACCAGAGGAGGGAGAUCAGCAUGAGCAAUUGGAAUAGAAAAUAUCUUAGCAGGGAGCAAGUUGCUUAUGCUACCGUUGAUGCCUACUGUGCGUUCCUCGUUGGAAGAAACAGCAGAGUGUGGAACGUGGAAACCCGUUAGGUAUUAGGUAACUCAUGCUAAUUUCUUACUAUAGCACGAAUGCUUCUGGUUCAGUUCUUACUUUACUCAUUUCACAGUA